AUGAAGUCACCUUCUCGAGCUUUUUCUGGUGGUGAUUCAAAGAGUACAAAAUCAUGUCUUUAUGUCAUCUUCCCAGCAGUUUCUUUAAUUUGUGCUGUUUUAUUUUUCAUGAAUUCGAUCUUAUCAUCACAGUCGAAACUAUCAAGCUGGACAAUGGACGCGCAACAAACUGUAACAGUUGAUAAAUGCAAGAACCAGUGCAGGCCUAAGGGAAGUGAGGCAUUACCUGAAGGCAUAGUCUCCGCCACUUCCAGUUUCAAUUUGCGACCUCUCUGGGAUCCUCCCAUGCCUAGAAAGAGAGGUCGCCACUCUGUAGAAGCAACUCAAGUGAAUGCAUCAAGCAAUUUGUUUGCGAUGGCUGUUGGGGUAAAGCAGAAAGAACUUGUGGACAAAAUGGUCAAGAAGUUUGAUGAUCUUGGACUUUCAUCCAAAUAUAAUCCUGUCUCAUGA